AUGGAAUCUGAAAAUGCAGAAAGUGAAAAUAUGGAAACAAAAAAUAUGGAAUUUGAAAAUAUGGAAAUUGAAACAAUUUCUUCAGUUUCAGCAUUACAGGCUCUCUCUAAGCUACUUUAUCCUGAAGAGGAUGACUUUGAAUCCGGACAGUCAAAUAGUUCAUCAACAAUGGGAGCCAUGGGACCUGGAAAUAUUGGACCACCAAAAAGAGAAGAGCUUAAAGUCAUCCCUCAAACUAGUAGUGAAAAUUGUGAGGAAAUCUGGAAUCCAGAGGAAGUUUCAGAAGGAGCAGAGCAUCACGAUACGUGGGAUGUUAGAGACACACCAGAAUAUGAAAUUGUAUUCAAACAGCAGGUGGGAACAGAAGAUAUGUUCCUAGGAUUGACCAGAAAGGAUGCGUCAACUGCAUGUUGCAAGGAUCUGGUGGUGAAAAUUAAACUGCCAAACACCAACCCUUCUGAUAUUAAAAUCGACAUUCAGGAGACGAUCUUUGACCUCCGUACUCCUAAUAAGAAGCUGCUGGUAACCCUUCCCCAUCCUGUGGACUGCAGCAGUGCGAAAGCCUUCUAUAUCCUCGAUACUGAGACUCUCGAAGUCACCAUGACUAUGAAACGAGAGUUGGAUUUCAUUAAUUUCUUCUGA